AUGGGUUGGGGACUUGCUGCAGACUUGCCUGCCGAAGUUGUUGCGGGGCUUGGGGCCAGAAGCACUUGCAGGAUCUGGUGUCAAAAGUUCAGAUGCUAUGUCAUGGGGGCAGCCGCUGCCAUCAACAUGUGUAAAGGCUGGCAGACUGCGACGUGCAGGUCACUGACACGCAGUCCGAUACUGAGGAAGCAGGGAGAAACAUGGAUGAUUCAGCUCUCCAAUCGCAUUGGCACCAAAUCCACAAUGCCUUGCCCCGAGGCCCAGCUUGACAGCCCCUCUCGGCCUCCUGGUCGCCACAAGCAGCAGUGCCUUUAUGGCUGCUGCGUUUAUCGUGAGGGCCUAUUUUGCCAAGAAUCCAUACUUGGCCAGAAUGCAAGCCUCCAAAUCGUUUGCCCAGAAUAUUGA